AUGGGGUGGAACGACGAGACCGACACCUGGAGAGACGUCCACGGAGACUCAAAACCCGAGCGGCCCGGUGGCGUGAAGAGUGGCAGCAGGGAGGAGCGCUCACUCGUCUGCUCCUCGCCCCAUGAUGCAUUGCUCCCGCUGGAAUCGUCUUCUCCUGGUGACAACGCUGUCAGUGGCGAUGAUGAAGGAGUGAAGGAGAUCCGGCCGGCAGACAGCUGUGAGGAGGACGAGGAGGGUCACCUGAUCUACCGCGCCGGCCUGGUGCUGAAAGAGCGAUAUGAGGUGGUCUCCACUCUGGGAGCGGGAGCCUUUGGGAAAGUGGUGGAGUGUACAGACCUGGAGAAGAAUGAGCGCGUUGCCGUGAAGAUCGUGAGGAACAUCGACUGUUUCCGCCGAGCGGCCGAGUCGGAGAUCGCCGUGCUGGAGGAGAUCAACAGUCUGGACGACGACAACAUCUUCGCCUGCGUGAGGAUGCUGGACUGGUUCGACCACGACGGGCACAUCUGCAUCGUGCUGGAGCUGCUGGGCCUCAGCACCUUCGAGUUCCUGCGGCAGAACCGCUUCGCCCCCUUCAGCGUGGAGCAGAUCAGACACAUGGCCUUCCAGCUCUUCAGGGCCGUCUGCUUCCUGCAUCGAAACAAGCUGACACACACCGACCUGAAGCCAGAAAACAUCCUGUUCGUGUCCUCAGACUGCGGCCCGGAGGACGACGGAGAGACGAGGUGUGAGCACAAGAAGCUGAGCAGCCUGGAUGUGAAGGUGGUGGAUUUUGGCACUGCCACCUUCGAUCACGAGCACCACGAAUCUCUGGUAUCGACACGCCAUUAUCGAGCUCCAGAAGUCAUACUGGAUCUGGGCUGGAACCAGUCGUGUGACGUCUGGAGUCUGGGUUGUGUUCUCAUGGAGUUUUACCUGGGACGCAUUCUAUUCCCGACUCAUGACAGUCUGGAGCAUCUGGCCAUGAUGGAGAAGGUUUUGGGACCGAUUCCUCCACGUCUGCUGAAGCAGACCAGGAAGCAGCACUACGUCCUGAACGAGCGUCUCAACUGGGACCAGCACAGCGACUCGGACGUCUCCAUCAGGAAACACUGCCAGCCUCUGAAGUUCAUGCUGAGGAAGGACGAGGACGAGCGGCAGCUGCUGGACCUGCUGGGCUGCAUGCUGGAGUAUGACGUGUGCAGGCGGAUCACCCUGGAGGAGGCGCUGUGGCACCCCUUCUUCAACGCCGCCAGGAGCCAGCAGAGGCAGGACAAGCAGCGCAGCUAG